UACCGCUAGCGCAAAAACUUGUUCAUAGCGUCUCGCAAAAGUGUGGCAAAUUAUAAGAAAUGUCUCUCAAGUGGAGCCCCCCACAGCGUAAGAAAACACUUACCAAGGGGGGCUCCAAUACAUUACUUUCCUCAACUUCACCGCCUACAACAAAUACCGUAAACCGUUCCCCAGUCAACACAAUGGGCUCCUACCCUUCCAUAGCCGGGGCAUCUAAACUAACCACUCCAACAAAAACCACCACAGCCGGUAACUUUCCACAGAAUCACAACGACAAAUCUCAGAAACAGCAACAAGAUGACCAACAACAAGCACAAAAACAACACAUCUCAGCGCCACUUAAAUUGAGCAGUGCAAAAAAUUCACUCAAGCGAUCGACUACAAACGAAAGUACGAAUAGUUCAAUGCAGUCCGUAUACUCAACAAAUUCAACGAAUACAUUACUAACGAGCCGAGAUGAUGACGAUGAUGAGUAUGCGCUCUAUCAUAAAUAUGGCCAUCAUCACCACCACCAUCAUCAUCAUUCACACCACGCGCAUUCACAUGUUGUUGGACGAGGAGUGGGUGCAAGUGACAAUGGUGCCGGCGGCAGCCGAAGCAAUGCGCCGGGCAAACGCGGGAAGAAGCCGAAUUGGGGACCGCGGGAGCGAGCUGGCAUGAGUUUUCUGAUUGUUAUUGCAUUUUUCGGCGUAUUCGGUAUGAUCGUGCUGAUGGAGCUGUUCAUGAUCGACGACCGUUCUCGCGUCGGGAUGAUGGUGGUGCGCCAUGCAAAUAACUUUGGCUCACGUUCGGGUGAUUCAAUGCCCGAUUAUGAUAAUGUGAAGGAUGACUACGAUUUACUGGAUGAAAGUCUAUUGACUGAUAGUAAAUUGGGAUUUGUACAAUUUCGUGAUAAUAAAUUAAAAAUUCAAGAUGCCGAUGGCGAUGCAAACGGACGUGUGGCGGGUGUUCUACUCAAUUCUGGCAGCGUUUCUGCCUCACCACCACGAAAUAGUGCUAGCGCUGAUAGCGGUGCACCGGGACCAAGUGCAGUGCGAGCGGGCGCUAUGGGCACACCACUCAUACCCUGGGGAAAAAUAUUGCCCGCAAAAGUGGAGGAGACGUUGCCACAUUUUCCGCUUGGCGUGCAGCCAAAUGAUGGUGCUUGGCAGGUUGUCAAUGGCACACGUUUCAAGUUCUUCGUCUUUUCGGCCUAUUACGAUCGACGUGAUGGCGCGAAAUUGGUGCGUGUCAUAGGCGCAACAAAGACGCGUACACCCGAGCGGGUGUGGUGUCGCUUUUGGUAUCCACAGCAGCCACAACAACAGCAGCAGCAGCAGCAUACGCCGCCCUAUGCGUCCGCGACUGUGAUGGCACGCGUUAAGGUUAUACGCGAAAAUUGGAACCUCAAAUACAGCGCAGUCUUUGUGCUCUGUCCAGUGCGCCCAGCCGAGCUGGAAGUGCCGCAUUAUGUGAGCAUUGUGGCGCGUUUACGCGCCCCACCAGGUAAUCUCUUACUACUGCGCAACACAGACUGGGAUUCGGACUUCGCGCAUCUCCGCACUCCACCGGUGCCAGUGAAUAGCAGCAUUGCCGCGCAAACUAAUGCAACUACAAGUCGGCAGCAACAACAAAUGCGCGCGACAAUGUCACCGGCGGGUGCACAAUAUUUGCCAUUCGGCUUACCCACCGAUGAACAGAUACCGGAUAAAAUCGCCGUCUGUGUGAAACCCUUCCAUUUCAAUUAUGAUCAGGCAUUGUACCUAAUGGAGUUUCUCGAGUUUUACGCUCUCAUGGGUGUUGCUCACUUCACAUUUUACAAUCAUACCUUGGGACCGCAUGCCACUUGUGUGUUGCAACACUACAUUGACGGCGAUAUACCGAACACAUCGACGGCCUGGGAUGUGGAUUUGGCAGAGGUGAUGGGCAAGGGUGUUUCACUAAUGGGCCAGGAAGCCGCUAAAGUGGAUGCUGUGCUUAGUGGUUACUACAAUCUCAAUACCAAUAACAAUUAUAACAAAGACAACGACGGUAAUGGUGUCGACCACAAAAGCAACAGUGUGAGUGCCAAUCACACGGCUGCCUCAGGUUCAGAUUCAACUCUGCAAACACGGCCGACAGCAGCUACAGCGUUUGAAGGUGAAGUAACCGGCGCGUUGCAGCCACCACCACCACCACCACCGCAACUUCCACCAAAACCACCUUUACAACCAACAUUGCCAUCGGUGAGGCGUUACAAAAGUACACACUUUGCUAAGCCAACGAUUAAUAUCCUGCCGUGGAAUUUGCGUAUGCGCUCACAAAAGGAAAUACGCACAGAGGGACUCUUCGCGGCACUCAACGAUUGCCUCUACCGCACAAUGCAUCGCUACCGAUAUUUAGCGAUGGUGGAUUUGGAUGAAUUCAUUGUGCCACGCCACAACGACACGCUCAACGAAUUAAUUAACUCGCUCAAUCAUCGCUUCCGUUAUCGCAAUCUUGGCGCCUACUCCUUUCAAAAUGCCUUCUUCUAUCUACAAUUCCCCGACGAUCCGUUGAUAUUGCAAAGCCACUCGCAGAUGCUAUCGCAGGAACAACAACAACAACAGCCAUACGCCCAUAAAAACCCCGGACUACGCGCCUCAUUGGUGACACAACGAAAGACGCGCAGGCGCCUAAAACUCCAUCCCCAAAAACAACGUUCUAAAUACAUUUGUAAGCCGGAAUCGGUUAUCGAAGCUGGCAACCAUUUUGUUUGGGAAUUUUCGCCGGCAAAAGGAUCAUUAAAUGUACCACCAACUGAUGGCAUUUUGCAACAUUAUCGAGUUUGUGAAUUCGGUGGCAACGAUUGCAUCAAGGCACCCUCGGUGGUAGAUCGAACAGCAACGAAAUAUGUAAAUCGUUUGGUGGAACGAGUUGAACUCGUUUAUAAACACUUGAAAAAACGUUGCGAUCUGCCAGCGCUACCAAAUGAAUUACCACAAGAUCAGCGACAACAACAACGAAAGCAGCAAUCACAAAGCACAGGUGAGUUGUUGAAGGAAAACGAAAGGGACCAAGGUACAGAUAAUAAAGCGAACAAUAAUAAUAACAAUAACAAAAACAGUAAUGGCGUGAAUAAGAAACGCACAGCAAGCCUAAGCGAUGACGAACGAAUAAAAACGAUAGCGAAUGUCAAAUCGAAACGAGACAACGAUCGAGAGAGUAACAGUAAUUCUAGAAAUAGUGUGACGACGAUAAAUAAAUCAGCAGCGUUAAGUAACGGUAACAGCAUCGAUCCAACGGCAAGACCCACGCAUGCGGAAUACAAAGUGAAACGCAAGAAACGUAAAGUUGUUGUCUUCGAGCAGGACGAAGAGGGUUUGCCGAUAGCGCGUGUCGAGUAUAUGGACACUUAAGUGGUGGGGGAGGGAGAAAAUAAAAGAAAAUAAUUUCUUUUUUAAAUUUAAUGAUCGGCAAAUUUGUAAAAUGUAUGGAAAUUUUUAAGCAACAGAAUAAUUUGCUUCUAAACAAAACAGAGGAAAGAAACAAAAAACACAACGCAAAACCAAGAGGAAGGGGGAAAGUAUUUUACCUGCAUUUGCUUAAAGGCAGAUUUUGCAUGAAAGGGGAAUGUUUUUAAGAAAAAAUUAUGUACAUUAAAAAAAAAUAUUAUUGUGCCAAUUUGCGAAAAGUGUAAAGGCUUUUGUCGAGCUACUGAAAAAGUAGUUAUUUAAAAGGAACGUAAAUAUUAUUUCAAAAUUUCCU